AUGGCUAGACGGCACUGGAGCCUGGAGCAUGCCACUUGUGGCUCUGCUCGUCUGUUCACUUGUAUCAAAUUCGCAAAGUGUGACAGCCUGGUGGCAGGUGUGAGAGCAAGCCCAGUUGCACGUUGGGCAUACUGUCCCAUCACAUUUGCCACCAUAACAUUUGGCUGCGAUUGUUGUGCUGCACUGACAGCAGAACUGUACUUCCCGUUUUUCAGAGCUGUGGGUGUGCCGACUGGGCGUCGCCCAGUGGGCGAUCAAGGGAUUGAUCGGGGCUAUCUGCUUGUCGGCCAUGUAACGUGA